CCUCUCGUGUCCGAGCCCUAAUCUUGCUGAAUCCGCCAUGAAAAGAAGCCACAUUCCUCCCUUGCUCGACCACAAAUGGCUCGCCCCGCUGCUCAUCACCUUCGCUCUCUGCCUCCUCCUCUUCCUCUCCCUCUUCAGCGCCAAGUUCCCGCCGCCCGCCUCCGGCUUCUCCGGCCAGCGUUUGUCCCCGCCCCUCUCCGCCGGAGGCUCGUCCUCGGAGCUCCCGAGGUUACCCAGAUUCGCGUACUUGAUAACCGGCACGAAGGACGACGGCCCCCGCGUGAAGCGCCUCCUUCACGCGGUGUACCACCCGAGGAACUAUUAUCUGAUCCACCUGGAUAUCGAGGCGCCUGAGAGCGAGAGGGUCGACCUCGCGAGGUAUGCCAAGUCGGAGGGCGUGGUGAGGGAGUUCCGGAAUGUGAUGGUGAUCGGGGAUGCGGACUUGGUCACGUCGAAGGGCCCGACGAUGAUCGCUUCCACGCUCCACGCGAUCGCGGUUCUGUUGAAGCGGGCCAAGGAUUGGGACUGGUUCAUCAAUUUGAGCGCCUCGGAUUAUCCUCUGAUGCCGCAAGAUGAUCUCUUGCACAUCUUCUCAUACUUGCCGAGGGAUCUAAAUUUCCUUGAGCACAGUGGUGACCUCGGCUAUAAAGAGGUUGAACGAGCAAGACCUAUCAUUAUAGAUCCGGGCUUGUAUCAUUUGAAGAAAUCUGGUGUGUUCUAUGCAAAAGAGAGAAGAUCUUUACCAGCUUCUUUCAAAUUAUUUAUGGGAUCUGCAUGGGUUGUCCUCACGAAAUCAUUCCUGGAAUUCUGUGUCUGGGGAUGGGACAAUCUCCCUCGCACGCUUCUCAUGUACUACACGAAUUUCCUGUCAUCUCCUGAGGGUUAUUUUCACACAGUUGUCUGCAACCACAAGGACUACCAGAAUACGACCGUCAAUCACGACUUGCAUUACAGUAUGUGGGAUAAUCCUCCCAAGGAGCAUCCCAUCGCAUUGACAACGGAACAUUUUGACGACAUGGUCCGGAGUGGAGCUCCAUUUGCUCGUAAGUUUGAGAAGGACGACCCUGUUCUUGAUAGGAUUGAUAAGGAGCUUCUGAUUAGAUCGGAUGGCCGAUUCACACCUGGUGCUUGGUGUACAGGAAGCAGCAGGGCAGGUAAGGAUCCUUGUUUGGUUUCUGGGAGUCCUCUUGUUGUUAAACCAACUUUGAGUUCAAGAAGGCUUGAAAAGCUAAUUGCAAACCUCCUUGAUCCUGAAACUUUCAGAAGUAAACAGUGCAAAUAAAUAACUUCGUGAUAUUUCAUUCUUUUGCUGAUUAA